AUGUUCCCCUACUACUACCCCUCGUCCUCUACUUUCUCAGACUCCGAUUACCUCCGCGCCCUGGCUGAAGAGCGCGCCGCACGCGAGCAGUACGUCGCCGCCCGCCGUGCCCAGGAGGAAGCCCGUGAGCGCGCCGCUCGUGCUCGCGCCGCCCGCCGUUCCUACCUCUCCCCCUACUCUUCCUACCAUGAUGACGAAUACCCCUACGCUGCCGACAUGGACCUCGACAUGGACCCUCUCGACGCCGGUGUCUAUGGCCCUCCCCAGCGUCUCCCAAGCUUCACUGGAGGCUCGCGCCCCCUUAGCCACGCCGGCUUCGACCCCUACCGCGAGAGGGAGCGCGCCAUCCUUGAAGAUCCGUCGCAAGGAGUUGUUGGAGGAGCAGCGAAGGCGGGAGUUGUUGGAGCUGGAGAGGAGAAGGAGAGGCGGCGCCUUGACGAAGAGCGCAUCCGCCGCAUCCUCCAGGAGGAGCGGCAGCGCGAAGAGGCAGCGCGCCAGAAGCUGAUUGAGGAGGAGCGCAUUAGGAGGGCGCUAGAAGAGGAGAGGAUCCGCCGCGCUAUGCUCGAGGAAGAGGCGGCGAAGCAGUCACGGCAAGACUCCCUCGAGCCCCUCCUCCGCGCACUCGGCUUCGUGCCCGCUCCCAAGACGGCCGACUCUGAUUUGGACAAGUCUCGUGCUGGCCGUCCUCAGCAGGCCACUCCCGUCGCUCAUCGUCACACUGCGGGACUCAACCCGAGCCCCGUUCGCCCCUACCCCUUCGGACGUUCUGCCGCCCCGACUGGUCGUUCUCCAUCACCCAAGACCUCCACUUCCCCGACCACCACCUCUACCCCCGCCAUGGCCCACAUCCCCAUUACCUCCCCGAGAUCUGCCGCUCGCUCCCGUCAACCUUCGCGUGAAGAGCAAACGGCCGCUGCUGAGAAGAUCCAAGACGCGUACCGGGCGCAUGCUUCGCGCAAGCACGCCCUCAAGGCCCUCUCGGGCAUCCGUCGACGCUUCCUCGCCGCGCGCACCGGCUUCUCCCUCCCCACCACCGUCGACUUCGACAUCGGCACCCACGGCCGUCUCCCUCCAACUACGGUCACCGUCGAGGCCUCCCUGAAGGCGCGCGGAGACGCGGAGGACGCGGACGCGGACGCGCUCCUCUGUGCCGCGCCGCGUCUCGCGUACUCGCCGACCAACGCGCCGCUGCAUGCGUACGAGGAGGAGCUGAACCGGCUUCUCACCGCGCUCGACGCGGUCGAGAGCCGCGGCGACCACGGCGUGCGCGCCGCGAGGAGGGAGCUAGCGAGGGCGGUCGAACAGGAGGCGGAGCGCGUCGAACGGUGGAGGGGCAUUGUCUGGAAGUGGUGGACGGAGUCGCAGAAGGAGGACGAGAAGGAGGACGUCCCGGCUGUGGAGGUGUCGUCGUCGUCUUCCCCUGCGUAUACUCACACUGUGGAGGUCGAGCCCGCCGAAACUGCCGUUGCGGACGCCGCCGUGCAGCCUGCCGAGGCCGCCGUGGUCGAACUUCCAGUCGAAGUCAUUCCCGCCUCUCUGGCCGCCGACCCGACCAUCCUCGUCGAAUCUCCCGCUACCCCCAAAGUCGACAUCCCCUUCAUUCCCUCUGAGACCGAUCCUUCCGAGCCUACCCCCUUCGAACCCCAAGUCGUCGAGCCUCCCGAACCCCAAGUUGUCGAGCCCCAAGUCGACGAACCUGUCCCCGUCCCCGAGCCGGUUGAAGAUGCAGUCAUCGAGGAUGCCACCCCCGCGUCCACCAACGCCGUUGAGCUUCAAACGGAGCCCGAACAGUCGAGUCGCCCAGCGACGCCCGCGCUCACUCGCGAGUCGCAGACGGAGCCUGAUACGACGGACGUCGAGCCCGAAGAAGCGUUGACCCCAGUCCUGAGCGAGCACCCACUCGCGCCUGUCGAGGUCGUGACGGAGGAGACGGAGGACUCAGCUGUGCCCGCGCGGGUCGAGCAGCCGAAGACUGCGCCGGAGCUGGUGGAUUCUGAGAGCAGGAUACAAGUCGAAAGCCACCAUUGA